AUGCUCUCCCACCUGCGCUUUCACCGUCGGGGCGCUUCCAAUCCAGCCUCGCCCUUGACUGACCAGCCGCAGUCUCUCUCGCCCCUCAGCAGUCAUGACUCUCCGCUGGCACCCGACUCGGCCUCGCCCUCCGAUGCCCGCCCGCCCUCUUCGAGCUCUUCCGCAUUUCCCCCGGUGCUGCCCCCGAUUACCCGGGUGACCUCGGCCGACGCGGACCUGCAGCCCGAGCGACGACGAGGCGCCGACCCGCCGGCCGCGACGGACUCGCGCCCGCAGCAGGCCCUGCGGUCCCCGUACAAUGGCGACUCGGGCUUCAUCGGCGGCGUGGCCUUGCAAAAUUAUCGCCGAGAUGUCGAGGCACAUAAAAACGCCCGGUCCGGCUCUAUCGAUCUGUCCCACGGUGACGAUCAUGCACGGCGCCAGCGGCCCAUGGCCGUGCCUACGGCUACAGACGGCGGCGCCUCCAAGUAUUACGCAAAGUCCAUGUCCACCUUUAGCACGCCCCUCGACUUGCAGAACUCGGCUCCGUCCGGCGUGGGCCGGCGACCGGCUGGAGCACGUCUACACAGUGACGCCCAGCUUGCGCCUCCGGCGGCGGCCAUUCCAGAGCCGCAAAAGGGCAAAAAGGGGCUUCCGUUUCUCAAGAACCCCAUGUCCACGUUGCUUAUGCGCCGGAAGAACAAUCAGAAUGUUCCCGACGUCCGCCCUCUACCCUUGUCCGGCCGUCAGGAAGAGCCCAUAUACGACCCGCGAAUUAAGGGCACCCGCGUCCAUGACUUCAGCGCCCCGAGACGCAAACAAAAUGCCCCUGGCCAGAGCCUCGUGGCCGUACGAUCCGACUCGCAGACUGACCUGUCCGCAAAUAGAAGCCAGCCCUCGGAGGGAAAGGAGAGCGGCCCCUUAGAAUCUCGUCAACCUCGCCAGACGAGCAACGCUUCUGAGUCGACCCGCUCCGAGCCCGCCGCUGGCACGGCUUCGCAGUUGCUUUCCAGGUCGAGUAUGUCUUCGCAGCCAACCCGAGCCCCCUCUGUAGAGCAAAACUUGGCUACGCCAGAAGGGAAAUCCGCGCCACCAGUACCCCCCAAGGACAACAUUCAAGCUCCAUCACGGUCAGCUUCCUCGACAUCACCACCAGUGCCGGAUGAACAUGAUACACAGCAAACGCCAAAGCCUGCAAUGUCCCAGCGGACCACUCGGUCCAGAAACAUUUCGCUUUCAGAAAUUUCUGCCGUUCCCCGCCAUAUGAAGAGUACCUCGUCCCGAUUUAGCUUCGACAUGGUAGGAGCGGCCAAACAGGAGAAACUGUUAGAAGAACGCCACCGCCAGCGCGAAUUGGAGAGGAAGGCAACCGGUGCUGAUGACCCUAGGGACUCAAGAUUUGAUGACUUUGACGAGGAUGCUUUUGAUUACGACGCCAUGAUGGAUGACGAUGGGCUAGAAGAGAGGAUACCAGGCGUCAAUGCCGACUUUGAUGAUGAGGAAGAAGCCUAUGACGACUUUGACCCGGACAACGACCAAGAGAACUUCGCAGGCUUUGUAUUUCAACGUUCGAACCCCACGUCUUCCCUGGGGAGCCCGCAGAGCAACGGGAUGCUGAAUACGCCGAGAGAUGCUGAAGGCAGGGCUAUUGGAUUUGCCAUGACCAAGGAUACCCCAAGCCUCGCUACCUUCCCUUUGUCCCCUCACGCCCCCUCGCCACCUCUCGACCAGGCACCGGCAUCUCAAGCUUCGGGCUUGGGUAUCCAGGAUGUCGUCGAGCCGGAGUCGACCGGCCCGCUUGAGCCGGUUCAAGAGGACGAGCUGUACUUCGACGAUGGCAUGAUCGGGCUUGAAAAUGAGUUCGCCGAGGAUCUGGCCGCAACUCCCGAAUAUGAUGCAGCGCCGUUUGACGAGUCGAUAUUUGACAACAACGAUACAGACCAGUUCGGGAGGCCAGUUCCAGGCGCGUUUGCGCAGGCCCAGUCCCAGCGUUGCGCCGCUCCCCAGGGCCCUUCGGCGAAGCGAGAAUCCGAUAUCACCUCGCGACUCUCUGCCCAUUCGGGCACAUCGCAUUCUACUGCUCACACGUCUCUGAGCGUCGACCGCAAGGAAAUGACAACUGCCGCCGAGUCGACGGGACAAUGUCACGAUGAACAAGACGCCGAAACGGCGCAAGAGCCCGGCCUGGACGGCGGACUACCACGGGAUCCUGUCGCAGCUUACCAGGCGGAGCUUGCUGCGGCAGCCCACAAGGCUGCUGCCUCGGGCAAAUUUCAACGCAGCGCAUCGCCUCCCCAAGAAGACGACGAGUCAAGCCAAGUCUACCAAGACGACACGAUGCACGAGGACAUGUACGACGAUGAGUAUGAUCAGGGCUUCGUCAACAUGGACGAUUUUGAACUCGACGAUGACGGUAUCAUAGCCGAAGCAAACGCCAGCGCAUUGGCGAACGAUUCGGACGGCUGGUACGGGCAGGAAUUCGGCUUCUACUCAGCACCUUCUAACCCGUCACAUGGGUCGCAGGGCUCGAGUCUGUCCGAGCCGUCAGGCUAUGAAUAUGCAAACGGCGGGUUCUUCGGGCCCAAGGGAAUGGGGGGCCUGGAUCGCAGCACGAGCGGCCGUAUGGUAUCGAGAGAGCCCAAUCUGACGCCGAUAACAGAGCGGUCCGAGUACUCCAACCGCAACUCCCUCAUGAGCAUGGGAUUUCCGCCGCUCAGCUCAUCCACUCCUGUCGUUCAAAGCCCCGGUCUCGCGCAGUUGGCGAUGAUGGCGGACAGCGGCGAUGAUCAGAUGACGUUAUCGGCGCUGCUCCGGCUGCGAUCAAAGGCGUGGGGUGGCUCGCAGGCCAGCCUGGUGUCGAGCAGGGAGGGAUCACCACGGUCUGACCGCGGAGACGUGCCCAGCUCGCCGUGGGGCCCGAACUCGGCAAGUGCAGUUCCAGGGCCGAGCGGGGGGCACAUUCGCAAAAGCUCGACCUUUUCGACGCUGAGCCGCGACUCGGACGCCCCCAGCGGGUCGGCGAGCCCGACGCUCACCAUGGCAAAUGCGACAUUUGCAUCGCCUUUCCCCGCGCCUCAGGGGACAGAACGGCCGAUCUCCGUCCCCGAGCCCGGCAUGUCUUACCCCCCCGCAGCUUUUGAUCUGGAUGAGCCGGGGAUGGGCAUGGAGCGGAACGAGAUGCCGUUGUCGCCUGUCUCGGAGAGGAACUCGAUGGACGUGGGUCGGGGGCUCGAUGGCAGAACCGCGAGCGUUUCGUCGAGGGUCUCGGGAAGAGGCCACCACCGGCACAAGAGCUCGGCGGACAGCGUGUCGUAUCUCAAGGAGGAGGACAGCGGAGAGACGCGCUGGGUGAUGGAGAGGCGGCGAACAGGCGAAUCGGGCGAGGUGGAGAUAUUACAGCGAGAGAUUGUUGAGGGCGGACGUAUAUGA